ACGUGAAGUAGGAAGAACCACCGGCUAGGUUGUGCUCUGUUGUCCACUGGUAACCAGCCGGGUAUGUUUGAAACAACAGGUAUAUCAGAGGCGUGAUGUACUUGUACUGAAAUACUCUGUGUAAUUAAUUUUAAUGCACUUACACUUCAUUGCGAGACUUGAUGCCAGGACGCCGCGCGUUGCCAACGUUGCUGUGCUCCUCUGAGUAAGAAAGUAGCAUGCUCGCUCUGUUGUUUCAUUUUGCCUGCACAGACUAUUAACAUUUUGGCUAUAUUCGUGGCAGCCGGCCAAUCCCAGUUUGAUACAGAGCUUACUUUGCUUCACUCCGCAAAACUACUGAUCCUGUUCUAAAAAACUUAACUGAUGGACGUGUACAGCUACGUGUGCCUUAUUUUGCUUAGCACCUGCCUAGUGCUCGGUAAACCGACGCUCAGGAAAGAACGGGUCCAUCACGACCCGCUAGAAUUGAUCAAGCAAGCCAAUGAAGACAAUCAGAGCUUCAAAUUUGACCAUGAGGCCUUUCUGGGAAAGGAAGAAGCUACUACUUUCGACCAGCUUACACCGGAGGAGAGCAAAGAGAGACUUGGUAAGAUAGUGGAGCGGAUAGACAGUGAUGAAGAUGGCUAUGUCACCAUCGCUGAACUGAAGGCCUGGAUUAAGAGGGUGCAGAAGCGCUACGUCUAUGAAAACGUGGCCAAGGUAUGGACCGAUUAUGACCUCAACAAAGACAACAAGAUCUCAUGGGACGAGUACAAGCAGGCUACAUAUGGCUACUACUUAGCUAACCCAGAGGAGUUUGAGGAGGCCACAGACCAGUUCAGCUUUAAGAAGAUGCUUCCCAGGGAUGAGAGGAGGUUUCAGAAAGCUGACCUGGAUGGGGACCUGGCAACUGAUAGAGAAGAGUUCACCUCCUUCCUUCACCCAGAGGAGUUUGACCACAUGAAGGACAUUGUAGUCCUGGAAACCCUGGAGGACAUUGAUAAGAAUGGAGACGGACAUGUGGACGAGGAUGAGUAUAUUGCGGACAUGUUUGCCCAUGAGGAAGGAGGUCCAGAGCCAGACUGGGUCCGGACGGAACGGGACCAGUUUUCAGACUUCCGGGACCUGAACAAAGAUGGCAAAAUGGACCUGGAGGAGAUCCGCCACUGGAUUCUCCCCCAAGACUAUGACCACGCCCAAGCAGAGGCCCGACACCUGGUUUAUGAAUCGGACCAGGACAAGGACACAAAACUGACCAAGGAGGAGAUCCUGGAGAACUGGAACAUGUUUGUAGGAAGUCAGGCCACCAACUAUGGUGAAGACCUCACUAAGAACCAUGAUGAACUUUGAGCGGAUUGUGCCUGUUUGUGUGCCUGUUUGUGUGCCUGUUUGUGUGCCUGUUUGUGUGCCUGUUUGUGUGCCUGUUUGUGUGCCUGUUUGUGUGCCUGUUUGUGUGCGUGUGCGUACGUGUAUGGGUGUUUUAGCAGGGCGAUCGGACCUCAACUGAGCUUCUUCAACCAAAACCUCCUCUGCAGAAUGUGACAGAUGUCAUGGUUGGAUACAGACACAGAGCCAAUAUUGCAGUAACUCUCAAAACGGGGUGGGGGGGCACAAAAUUCUGUUCUUAACACAGACGGCCGAGGUCCUGCUAACCAGCUGGACCGGGUUUGGUCCUGUUACUGACAUUUCUGAGAUUGAACACAUCGAACCUCGCUGUCGUUGAUGCCCAUCAGCCAAAAACACAUCAGGCUUAGCUGAUAACCCCAUAGAUGUGCAUAGUUAAAUCAUCAUCAAAGUAUGAUGUUUGACAAUUUGAUCAUUUCCAGUUGUCUUUUCUGGAAACCAUAUAUGACCGAGGUUAGAACAUAGUGGCGAUUGUCAGAUUAUUAUUUUUUUAUAGUUGUGCAAACGUGAACGCAAAGCACAACUUUGAAUAGUUAAUCUAAUUUUAUUUAUUUAGUUGUUUAACUUGAGGAGGCGAAGAAGCCUGGGAGCUGUAAGUCAGACAGAGGUCAGUGGGUGUUAAAGCAUUUCAUGAAGGCUGCCUAUUUGUUAAACUUUUAGCUAGUCUUUGUUUUUUUUACACAGAUGUUAGUUUGGUUAUUAUUCAUGUUUUUGAAGAUUUUAAGUUCUCUUUGAUAGGCAAGCUUCCUGUUAUAACAUGUUUUAUGAACUGUAGCUAAAACUCUUAAUGACAUUGUCUUUGCACAUGUCUUUUUUUAAAUAUAGUCUAUGAAAACUCCUUUUCUUUGAUUUGUUUAUUUUUGUACGAGAAGGCCUGCUUGUUUAACAUACCAAUUUUGCUCAAGAUAGCUAGGCUGUUGUCAUGGUGAAAACGUAUGUUUUGCCUUACAAUUGUUGCGAAAAUGGGAAGAGUUAGGUGGCAAUGUAGAUUGACUUGAAACUUUGCACAAGAGGAGUUUCAGAAUAUGUGUGUCCUCUGUUAACUCAAAGCUGCUUCUCAUGUUGACGCUCAACUGUGCACAUCGCAAGACGGGGCUGCCCUCCCUGGUACAUCACUUCCACCAUGUGUAAAUGGACUUCUUUGAAAUACUGUAAAUUCACAAUGUGUAUAUUAAUGGACCAUUUAAAAAAAAAAAAAUAUUGUCUCAUAUUUGUAAUUCAUUAUGAAAGACCCCUGUCUUUUUUCAAAACAAAAUUUGGGACGUUGUCAUUUCAAAUGUAGAAACAUCUGUGGGCCAGAUCCAUAUCCGUGUGGCAGUAGUAAAUGUGCGCUUGCAGCCAUUGGCACAGACAAAGGUUUUAAUGUUAGAAUUUGUUCCAUACGUUGCUAAGCUCAGUUGCAAGAUUGGCUUCACAGAAUGUCCUCAUUCAUUCCUAGGGCCUGGGAAAGGGUGUCUACAGUAGUCUUCAUGAACAAGGUCUGGCAGAGAUUUGUAGAGAUUGGGUAUCGUUUAAAACGGACACACAACAAUUUAAACACCUUUCACAUCAGCCAGGCGUUUUUACUUUCGCUCUCACAUUCCCUCUGACUUUUCCUUCUGUUGUCUCUCUUGCUCUCUCACCUAUGCAUACUACUAGUUCUUAGUGUUAAUCUCCCUUUCUGUCUGACAGGCUAGGA